AUGUCCUCGACGGCCACCUCGGCGACGCCUGCCAGCCUACUUCAGCAGCAGCAGCAGCAACAACAACAACAGGAGCAGAACCAGAUGCUGCACAAUCAGCUGCUUUUCAUGCUGCAGCAGCACCAACAGCAGAAUCAGCAGCAGCAGCAACAACACCCAAAUAAUCAACAGUUGGCAGCAGCUGCUGCUGCGGCAGCCGCCGCCGCCCAAUCUCAUCCCUUUCUCCAAUACGGAAAUUCCGCGGCUCAGUUGGCGGCAAACGCCGCAUCAAUGUCCUCGCUGCUCAGUGCAGCGGCACAUCCAGCGACGGCGGCAGCCGCUGCAGCCGCCGCCGCCGCCAUGAUGCAACAUUCAGCAAAAGGAAAUGGUGCAANCCACCACAAGUCAUCCUCAGCCAAAGCACACCACAAUCACAAUCACAACCACAACCACCUGGGACGUGAUCACCACCUCAAAAACCAGCCAUCAUCAAAGCCGUCAGAGGAUAGCAGACGCAGUAGUGAUCAUCACCACCACCACAAGCCCUCACACAGCCCAGAUGAGAUCGACAAGCUAAAGAUGGCAAACAAGGUCGCUGCAGCUGCGGCAGCGGCGGCCGCAGCAGCUGCCGCAAUCAACGUCAGAAAUGACAAAGAAUCAGCAAAUCAGCAAAACAAAAAUUCUAAUAGCUCCAACAACAACUCCAAACAGCAACAACAGCAGCAAUCAUCAAA